CUUGACUUGAUCUCUCCACUACGCUUACAAUUUUACUGUUCGACUCGGUUAGACUGUUGACAGUCUCUCGUUACACUGUUUUCACCCCACCUGUCGCGCAGUUCCCCGACAGCCACCCGCUCACAGCUCCUGCGCCUGCGGGCCAGAGAGCUCUGUCAAAACUCUCUUCCAUCGAACGAACUCUUGAUCGAUCUAUCUAUUCACUCGAACCGACCGAACUACCCCACCGAACGCCCUACCUCCCCAUAUCAAGAUCGCAAUGAGCAAUUCAGUCCCAGACCUCGAUGCCGUCGGCAUGAAAGCGGAGCCAGGACUGGCGGAACAGUUCCGGCACGAAGUGGCGCAUCUUCUCGGACGCUCCAACCCCAACUUCCCCGGCGCGCAACCCGUCAGCUUUUCGUCCAAGCACCUGAUGGAGCUUCAGCGCGAAGACUACUACGUGUGCGAAAAGACCGACGGCAUCCGCUGUCUCAUGUACUUCGCGCGAGGCGAAUCCCCCGAAGCCCCCGAGAUCCACUACCUCAUCGAUCGCAAGAACGACUACCGCUACGUCCCGGGCCUGCACUUCCCCCUCCCCAACGACGACACCUUCCAGUCCUUCCACGUCGAUACCCUCGUCGACGGCGAGCUCGUCAACGACACCUACGAGGACGGCACGCAGCAGCUCAAAUUCCUCGUCUUCGACUGCCUCGUGCUCGACGGGCAAAGCCUCAUGCACCGCACGCUGGACAAGCGCCUCGCAUACUUCAAAGAAAAGGUCCUCAAACCCUACAACGCGCUCUACGAGCGUUUUCCCGAGGAAAAGGCACACCGCGCCUUCACAGUCGAAGACAAGUCCACGCAGUUCAGCUACGGCAUCGAGAUGAUGUUCCGCGAGAUCAUCCCCAAGGUCAAGAAAAUCCACGGCAACGACGGCCUCAUCUUCACCUGCCGCAGCACCCCCUACCGCAUCGGCACAGACGAGCACAUCCUCAAGUGGAAGCCUCCCUCCGAGAACACCAUCGACUUCCGCCUGCGCCUCGAGUUCCCGCUCCUCGAGCCCGACUCCGACGACGAGGCCGACGGCGUCUCUGCCCCUUACCCGGACUACGACGCCAUCCCCAUCUUCCACCUCUUCGUCAUGCUGAACGGAAACGAGUACCGCCACUGGGCGGAGAUGUACGUCACCCCUGCCGAGUGGGAAGAGAUCAAAGCCCUCGGCCAGCCCCUCGAUGACUCCAUCGUCGAGUGCUCCAAGGACUCCCAGGGUCGCUGGCGCUUCCACCGUAUCCGUGACGAUAAGGCCGACGCGAACCAUAUCUCGACCGUGGAGAAAGUCCUCGAGAGUAUCGAGGACCGCGUUACCGAGGACGACCUCAUCCGUCUCGCACCGACUAUUAAGAACGCCUGGAAAAAGCGCCAGGCUGGUGGUGGUGGUGAGGGACGAUCACGAUCGCACGUCAACGGAACGAUUUGAUAUAUUAUGAAAAAUGGGGCGAAACAGACAAAAAAAAGGACGGUGCUGGUGGGUAGACUUGGUUUCGUUGAUUUUUCUUUUUCUUUCUUUCUUUCUGCGUAUCUAUAAUAUUAUACUAUACUAGACUUUUGCAAGGCGUCGGGCGUUUUCAUAUGGGUGGUGGGUC